CUGACAAGCCGAAGCCUGCACUGACCCAAGAGCCUGCAGGAGAGAUAUUCGAAGGAGACACAGUGACCCUGAGCUGUAGGGUUGAGGGGGGCUCUGAUGGCUGGAGAUAUCUCUGGUAUAAAGACAGUCAGUCCAGUACUCCAGUGUACCAGACUGACAGCAGCAGUGGAACUGGAGCCGGAUACACAAUCAGAGCUGCUGCUGUGUCUCACAGUGGAGAGUACUGGUGUCGAGCUGAAAGGGGGAGCAAACCGUUUUACUCACAAUACAGCAAUGCUGUCAGGAUACAAGUAUCACAGCUGUUCUCCAGGGUGACUCUGUCAGCCUCUCCGAGAGCCACAGUGAAGGAGGGAGAGGCUCUUAACCUGACCUGUGAGGCAACAAUGAACAAAACCCCCCGCUCUCAACUCCACUACACCAUUCUGAGAGACGGGGAGCCUGUGAUUAAUAGCACUGGCCCUGCACUGUACAGCAUAGCCAGCACUGAGAUGAGCCACGCUGGGAGCUACACGUGUGCUGUGGAGUCACAGGGAGUCAGGAAGAGUAGCCAGGAAUUACGCAUUGAAGUGCAAAAGUCCUGGUCGUGGAUCACUGUUCCUCUCAGUGUCUCGCUGGCUUCGAUCAUUUUUAUUCUGGUCACAAUAUUGCUGUGCUACCGAUACAAGACCAAAGGUUUUCUUUUCACUGCUGCCAAAUCGAGGCGCCCUGCUGAUCAGACUCCUGCACAGCCCUUGAGAGGAAUGGAGCUCUCCAGACUUGGACAACAGCCUGGUAACUGCACCACAUCCAAAACAGAGACCGUAUACGCAGAAGUAAUGCCGUGUCAACAGAACCAAGGUCAGGGCCUCUGGAACUCCUCUCCAUCCCAUUCCACUUGACACCUUCUCUACACCAUCUCCAGCCACAUGACCACAAGGGAGUAGAAAUCCUUUGUUUGAGAAUUUGGCAUUUAUUAAACCAACAAACAAAACACUGGAACAAAUUAACA